UCUUCUUUUCAAAUUACUACAUUCGGAGGGAGAAAAAAAGCCCUAAACUUUGGUCUGGACAGUCGAAAAUGGUGGAUGGGUCGAAUAACGUGGAUGUAGAGAAGCUGAUCUCCUUCAGUAAGGAUCUUGUUCAGUUCUUGAAAGAAGAUAAAGAUGUCAGCUUCUUGAAACAGUGUAAAGAGCAAUCUAAUGCCCUUCAAUCACACUGCCACACUGAGCACCAGGCACUUCAGAAUUCCAUUCAAGAUUAUCAAGGAAAGAUAAAUGCAUGUAAGCAGAGAACAACAGAAGCACAAUCUGAAGCUGCUGCAGAUGCUGAAAUAAAUAAGCUGCAGAAAGAGUUAGAACAGGAGAUCCAGAGAGAACAACUGCUAAGAGAAGAACUUAGAGUUAUAACCGAUGAGAUCAAUGAUUUAGAUCGUCAAAGAGACUCUAUUGAGGAGCAAAGGAAAUUGCUCAAGAAAAUUGAGCAAGAUCAGCUUCGAUCUGAGAUGAAGCUAUCACUGUAUGCCUCUGUUACAAGUAUCAUCCCGGACUUGGAUGAUCAAUCCAAAAUAUCAGGCCAUAUUGUGGAGAGAGAUAAGAAGGUGGUUGAAAAUUUCGAGUUUGAUUCAUCAAAUCAAACUGCCUUUGACACUUGUAACAACAUCUGGAAGAUGAUUAAUUUGUAAGAAGCAGCAUUGCUCAGGCUUAGUUAUGACUUGCAUUGUUAAGAGUACCUUAUUGCCUUGGCUGAUCAGUUUUUUAAUCUAAUCAUACUAGAUCUCAUUGCCAUUUUGCAUUAUAGCGUGUUUCAUUUGAAGUACAAUCUUGUAUUUUGUAUAUGAUGUUUGUUGUUCCAGAAUCCAAAUCAUUUCUAAUGCUUUCACAAGUCUCAGUCUGUGAAGU